AUGCACGUGGGAGGAGUAGUUGGGAAUGCGCAGCCUCCUGGAGGGGAGAAGCCCCACAAGUGCUUGGAAUGUGGGAAGGGAUUUGCUACAGGCUCCAGCCUGAUCCGGCACCAGAGGAUCCACACUGGGGAGAAGCCCUAUGAGUGUGGGAAAUGUGGGAAGAGCUUCAGGACAUUAACUCAUCUGAUGGUGCACCAGGUGACCCACACAGGAGAACGGCCCUACACCUGCUUGGAAUGUGGGAAGAGCUUUGGCCAGAGUUCCACCCUGAGAAGACACCAGCUCAUCCACACUGAGGAGAGGCCCUACGAGUGUCCUGAGUGUGAGAAGAGGUUUCACACCAGCUCCCAUCGCCUCAGACAUGAGCGAAUUCACACAGAGGAGAGGCCCUUCCGCUGCCCCGACUGCAGGAAGGGAUUCAACGCAAGCUCCCAUCUCAUCAGGCACCGGCGCAUCCACACCGGGGAGAGGCCCUACGAGUGUCCUGAGUGUGGGAAGAGCUUCUCCAGGAGCUCUCACUUGACCCGACACCAACAGAGCCUCCACUAAGGGAAGACCUGAGAGUGCCCCGAGUGUGGGAAGAGCUUCGUGCUCUGCUCCAGCUCCAUCCCCCAUGGGAGGAUCGGUGUUGGAUGAUCCCCAGUGACCUCCGUUGGGCAGAGCCCUGGUGAUCCGUGCUCCUGGUGGUCCCUGUUGAGUGGAGGGGAAGGGGUUUUAGAAAUUUCUCUCCGUUCUCCGUGUCCUGCUGUGAUUUGGUUGGUAAUAAAUUCCCUCCCCGUG